AAUUUUUAUUUAAGUCUCCCAUAUAUUUUCAGAUAUUUCCUAAAUCGGAAUCAAAUCAAAAGAAGCAACCAUGAAAUCAACACGAUCCAGAUCGUAUUCCCUCCUCUCAAUCCUCUUCACCGCGCUACUUCUCCCAAACCCUUCCUCCUCCACCAACCGCCACGUCAUCAACUUCCGUUCCCCCGCCCUCUACCCAGAGGGCCUUACCUGGGACCCAGCAGGCCAACACUUCCUCGUCGGAUCCCUCCACACCCGCACCAUCCACUCCGUCUCCGACGCCGGCGUCGUACAAACCCUAAUCUCCGAUCCUUACCUCCCCGAGAACGCCACCAUCCUCGGCAUCACCGUCGACUCUUCUAACCGCCGCCUCCUCGCCGCGAUCCACUGCCUCCCGCCUCUCCCUCCCUGCUCCGCCCUCGCCGCCUACGAUCUCCGCACCGGAGGAGGCGGCGGGAGGAUCUUCCUCUCCCCUCUCCCGUCUCUCCCCGGCAACGACGAAAUCGUCCGCGAUGUCGCGAACGACGUCGCCGUCGAUUACAACGGCAACGCCUACGUGACGAAUUCCGCCAAGAACUUCAUCUGGAAGGUGAGCCGGGAUGGAACAGCGGCGAUCUUCUCGAGGUCGCCGCUGUUCAACUCCCAGCCCGUGGCUGCUGACGCGGACGCCAGUUUCCGCGACAGCGGCCUGAACGGGAUCGUGUACAACAGCAAGGGGUACCUCCUGGUGGUGCAGAGCAACACAGGGAAGAUGUUCAAGGUGGACGAGGAGACCGGGACGGCAAGGAUGGUGGUGCUUAACGGAGAUAUGGUGGCGGCCGACGGGGUGGCGAGGAGGAGGAGGGACGGGACGGUUGUGGUGGUGUCGCAGAGGAAGCUUUGGUUUGUGAAGAGCCAUGAUAGCUGGGGGGAAGGGGUGAUAUACGACGAGGUGGAGCUUGAUGUGGAGGGGUUUCCGACGGCGGUUACGGUGGCGGCGAGGGAUAGGGUGUAUGUGUUGUAUGGGAGGGUGAUGGAGGGUAUAAUGGGAAGUUAUGGAGAGGGAGGAGAGAGGGAGUGGUUUGGGAUUGAAGAGGUGUUGUCGGAGAAGGAGAGUGGGGAAGAUAAGAUUUGGAUUUAUGUUUUGGUUGGGCUUGGUUUUGCUUAUUUUUGUUUCUGGAGGUUUCAGAUGAAGAAUCUCAUUACGAACAUGGACAAGAAGACUACUUAGCUCUUUUUGUUUGAAUUGUCAACUUUUUUUGUUUUUGGUUUUGUAAUAGGAGAGGCCUAAUACAGAUCAUCUUGUAGUGUCAUUUGGUCGGAUCAUGAAAUGGAAGCUGCUGAUUCUCACACUUUUUAGAGUAGCU